AUGCCAACAUAUCUAAUACACGGAUUUCGCUGGCCGCGACCACUCGUCCGCAUCCACAUCAUUCUCCAAAACCUCGACGAUGCAGCGGCGGAAUGGCUCAUCGCGCCUGCGACGACAGAGACACUGCUCGACAACUUCAGCGAGCUAUGGCCCCAGACCAUGGCUAACCUGCCCAAUCUUCGUUUCGUAGAACAGUACGACCCAACCGACGAGUCUCCAACCGCCUGCUCGCAACCGUACGCCUACAUUGCUGAUAUCUGUCACGAGGUCAAACUAGGCAUCGAGGUGGACGAGGUUAGAGGAAAGGGCUUGGGUGACGAGCAAUGGGGUGCAUUGAUGGAACUGAGAGACAAACUUGCAGCGGACGAGAAGGUUGGCUGGUUCGUGGUCGUAUGCGGGGAUGAAGAUCGAUUGGAUACUGGACCUGACACGGACGAAGAGGAAGAG